GGAGUCACCUGGUGAUUCGCGACGUGGGCACUUUGGGGUGCACACGGGGGGACACAUACACUUCGACCCCGCUGAGGGGCACGUGCCGCUCACAUCGAUACCCUCGCGGUCACACACACGCCCUGAGUUGUGCGGAUCACAGCCGAAGUCACCCCGACAGCCAUCCGCACGACGACACAGUGUCUCUCACUCAUCUACGUCUCCCGACAGCCACACAUUCAUUCACAAGCAGACACACAGUGACCUACUGUCACAGACAGCCAUGAACGGCUUGCACUGGCAUACCGUCCCGCACGAGUCACCCUGACAAGUCAUUUAUUCACAACAACACUCAGUCACUCGCCCACGUACAUUGUCGUGCCGCCACAUAAGGUCACCCAUCCACGCACACUACAUGCCACAUACACCCCGUUACAUGCCCCCAUCCGCUGUCACACCCAGUCACAACUAGGGACAGUCACACAAAGAAGUCGCUUCGACAGUCACAAGCUCAUACUAUGACUCACACAAGCGCACACUUGUCACACACAGCCACCCCCGGACGGUGAACCUCAGACACAGAUCACACUGACGUCCACACAGUGACACGCGGUCACACCUAGGAACAGCCACAGGCUCCGCACUGCCCUUAACUCCCACCCCCCCACCUUGGUCAUCUACACUCUCACGCCGGGGUUUAACUUCACCGCGCCACCGCGCGUUAAUUGGGCCCUUUACUAAUUGGCCAUCGUUGCCUGGCGGGGCCUCAGAUUCCGAGUUGCAAUGGCCAAUCAAGGCCUAUACCCUCUCGGGGACCGAGAGCAGGGUCCCUGCAGGCGGGCGCUGCAGUAGGGGGCAACCCUCUCCCAUUUUUUCAAAAUCGCCGCCCCCACCCCCAGCCAGAUAUUUUCUGCGCGGCGCCAGAGCGCGUCCUGCGCCAAGGAAGCUCGCUUGUCCCGAACCCCCGGCCCCCGAGGCGUCGGAUCCCGGCUUCCCCGCUGAGCUCAGCCCGGAUGGUUAGGGGCAGCUGCGCGGUCCACGUCCUCCUCCCUUGCGGUGGAGGGAACUUUCAAACUUAGUUGGGAAGCCAGACCAUCGUGCGUCCGCGGGUCGGUGCGUUGGUCCAGGGCCGGCUGGAGCCGAGCGAGGCUUUUCGUCAUUCGGAGCCCGGAUUGAACAGCGCGCGUGGGUUCUCCCGCUGCCCCGGCGCAGACGCGCGGGCUCGGCGGCUCUGCCUGUUUGAUGGUGACAGUGCCUACGUGGGGAUGAGUGACGGAAACCCAGAGCUCCUGUCAACCAGCCAGACCUAUAACAGCCAGAGUGAGAGCAACGAAGACUAUGAGAUCCCUCCGAUAACACCUCCCAACCUCCCUGAGCCAUCUCUCCUGCACCUGGGGGACCACGAAGCCAGCUACCACUCGCUGUGCCACGGGCUUACACCCAACGGUCUUCUCCCUGCCUACUCCUACCAGGCCAUGGAUCUCCCGGCUAUCAUGGUGUCCAACAUGCUGGCCCAGGACGGCCAUCUGCUCUCAGGCCAGCUGCCCACGAUCCAGGAGAUGGUGCACUCGGAGGUCGCUGCCUAUGACUCAAGCCGGCCAGGACCUCUGCUGGGUCGCCCCGCGAUGCUGGCCAGCCACAUGAGCGCCCUCAGCCAGUCCCAGCUCAUCUCCCAGAUGGGUAUCCGGAGCAGCAUCACCCACAGCUCCCCGUCACCCCCAGGGAGCAAGUCGGCGACCCCCUCUCCCUCCAGCUCCACGCAGGAGGAGGAGUCCGAAGCACAUUUCAAGAUCUCAGGAGAGAAGAGACCCUCUGCAGACCCAGGAAAAAAGGCCAAGAACCCAAAGAAAAAGAAGAAGAAGGACCCCAAUGAGCCACAGAAGCCCGUGUCGGCCUACGCACUCUUCUUCAGAGACACUCAGGCUGCCAUCAAGGGGCAGAACCCCAGUGCCACCUUUGGAGAUGUGUCCAAAAUCGUGGCCUCCAUGUGGGACAGUUUGGGAGAGGAGCAGAAGCAGGCCUACAAGAGGAAGACUGAAGCAGCCAAGAAGGAGUAUCUGAAGGCUCUGGCAGCCUACAGGGCUAGCCUUGUCUCCAAGAGCCCCCCGGACCAAGGCGAGACCAAGAGCACUCAGGCAAACCCCCCCGCCAAGCUGCUGCCCCCCAAGCAGCCCAUGUACUCCAUGCCGGGCCUGGCCUCCUUCCUCACGCCCUCUGACCUGCAGGCCUUUCGGAGCGGGGCCUCUCCCGCCAGCCUCGCCAGGACACUGGGCUCUAAGUCCCUGCUGCCCGGGCUCAGCGCGUCCUCGCCGCCACCGCCUUCCUUCCCGCUCAGUCCCCCCCUGCACCAGCAGCUGCCCCUGCCACCCCAUGCACAGGGUGCCCUCCUCAGCCCACCUGUCAGCAUGUCCCCGGCCCCCCAGCCUCCCGUCCUUCCCACACCCAUGGCACUCCAGGUGCAGCUGGCCAUGAGCCCCUCGCCUCCAGGGCCACAGGACUUCCCGCACAUCUCUGAGUUCCCCAGCGGCUCGGGACCCCGCUCACCUGGGCCAUCCAACUCCACGAGCAGCGGGGACUGGGACAGCAGCUACCCCAGCGGGGAGUGUGGCGUCGGCACCUGCAGACUCUGCAGAGGCAGCCCGCUGCCCGGCGCCCGCCGGAAGAACCUGCAGGAACCUUCUGCCCGCUGACCUGCUUGCUCCAGGGUAACCGCGGACCCUGCUCCUCGCCCUGCACACAGUCCCCUCUGUCUGGACGUCUGGCCCCAGCCCAAGCUCACUGGGCCACCCUGCCGGGGUCACUGACCAACAGAAACUCGCCCCAAGAUGCGCAGCCAGGGGCCGGCCCAGCCACAGACGCGCAGGUUUUCCAGUGUGAACUAAAGAUUCCGAGCCCCACAAACUGUGGGCUCCGUGUAAGUAGUCAACUAAGUGUUUUAGAACUGUGCUGAAGACAUCUGUAAGAUUAUUUUGUGGGGGAAGAAAAGUAGUUUCCUUUAAGGUACAAAGCGUUUUAUAUGACCCUUAGCGCAUCGUUUUUAAGUUUUCUCUUGAGGGAGACGUGCACACAGCAGCUGGCACAGGGUCUCUCCAUGCGCACCCGAGAACCGGACAACGUCUAGCCCCACCGGGAAGCAUUUCCCCUUUAUUUUUUUGUAAACCAUAUGUCCACCUAUUUAAAAUUGCCAGCAACAAUUUUAUUUCUUUUUGUCUAGCUAUUUAUGAAGAAAACUUGAGAACAAAGUUGCAGUUUAUCCUAACGUGUGCGUGGUUUGGGGUUUGGUUUUGGUUUUGGUUCUUGGCGUCGUUUGCAGCUGUAUCCUGGCCCGGCAAAUGUCUGUCUUGGUGCCCAGUCCUUCUCUCAAACUCUCUUUAUAAUAAAACUUCUGAAAAGUUGCAGAUAA